AUGGUUGAUUACUGUACGGUACACUGUGAAGUGAAAGAAGCAGAAGGCAAUGUCUCUACAGUGAUGCAGUUUGUACUACUGGGAUUUUCUGAACUUUCAGAUCUUCAAGGGUUUCUAUUUGGAAUGUUCUCUACCAUUUACAUAAUCAUUAUAACUGGAAAUAGCCUCAUUAUAAUCUUAACCAGACUUGAUCCUGCAUUACAGAAACCCAUGUAUUUUUUCCUGGCCAAUUUUUCCUUUUUGGAAAUCUGUUAUGUGUCUGUCACUCUCCCCAGGAUUCUAGUGAAUCUUUGGACUCAGGAUAGAAACAUUUCCUUGCUGGCAUGUGCCACUCAAAUGUGCUUCUUUCUUAUGCUGGGGGCCACUGAAUGUUUCCUCCUGGCUGUGAUGGCUUAUGACCGCUAUGUGGCCGUUUGUCACCCUCUGCACUAUGCUGUAGUCAUGAACCAAAUGAUAUGUGUUCAGCUAGCAGUUGGCUCCUGGCUCAUGGGAAUCCCAGUCCAGAUAGGGCAAACAGCUCAGAUUUUUUCUCUGCAUUUUUGUAAUUCUAACCAAAUCAGCCACUUCUUCUGUGAUAUCCCCCCCAUUCUCAAGCUGGCCUGUGGAGACACUUUUGCUCAUGAGAUAUCUGUCUACCUAAUAGCUACAUUGUUUGUUGCAGUUCCUUUUAUGCUGAUACUUGUCUCCUACAGCAAAAUCAUCUUCACCAUUCUGAAGUUGCCAACUGCUUCAGGAAGGGCGAAAGCCUUCUCCACAUGUUCUUCCCACCUGCUGGUUGUACUUUUAUUCUUUGGAUCUGCUACUAUCACCUAUUUAAGACCUAAAUCCAAACAUACUGCAGGAAUAGACAAGCUGCUCUCUCUUUUCUACACCAUUGUGACUCCGAUGUUCAAUCCCAUGAUAUACAGCCUUAGAAACAAGGAUGUUAUUGCUGCACUGAGAAAACUACUGUUUAAAAAGUAG